AUGAAUGCAGUGAAGAUGACUGUUGUGCCCAGGUUUCUUCAUUAAUUCCCAAUGGUUCCCAUUUUUCCACUGAAUCCUAUGUUCCAUCCUUUAAAGACCUACUGUAUUUAGUCCUUAAUGUAAAUCCACUCAAUAUAAGAGCAAUAUCAAAAAUAAAUGUAUGAGUUCUGGAUAGCUGCCCUUGUACAAAGGACAAGAUCAAGGCGGCGUGGGAAGGAGAAGUUAGAGAAAUAAUACUGGAAAACAUCUGAAAAUUACCCUACAACUGUGCUUAUACACACAUCUUCUCCCUGUAUUAGACAUGGAUUGAUUCAGCUUAAGGUUGUCCACAGGUUGCAUUAUUUUAAUGACAGACCGUCUAAGUUAUUCUCUAAUGUUGUAUCAAUCUGUUUCAGAUGUCAAUGUUCUCCUGUUUCUUUGGGACACAUGUUUUGGUCAUAUCCAUCUUUGUAUGGUCUCUGGCCUUCAGUCUUUCGAUCAAUCUCAGCCAAGCCUGGCAAAACACUGCAACCUGCCCCUUUGAUAGCUAUCUAUGGUGUAAUUAGUGAAGAGUUAAAAUUGUUGAGGUUGCUAAUUUACAUCCUGUUAAAUGUCAUUUGUUUGUAUUAUAUUUAUAAAGUGACAGAAGAUAAGUGACAUCAGUAAGGAUAAUACACUGCUGUUUUGUGAAACCCCAUCCAUGUGUAUAUAUCUAUUCAAAUGAGCAAUGCCUGUUUUAAAACUGAUAUAAUAAAAAAAUCAGUUGUUGUCACAUGUAACCUGUUUACUCUCUCUUACUAUUUCUAUUUUUACUAAAACGUUUCAAAUUGUGAUAGCAAAUACUAUCGCUAGAUGGCGUUGUCAGGUAAUAUCACGAAGAACAAAACAGGCCAGGAUUAAUAAAAAGGGUGUGCAAACAUGGGGAAUUCGCAUUUAACUUAAUAAACAAUUUAGAAGGAAAAACUUCACAUUUAGUCACUCUGUAGGGAAAGUUGAAUAAAACUUAAAUUAUCGUAACAAAUAAAAAAUAAAUCAAAAGUAAGAUAACAGUAACUGAACUAAUAUAUGACUUUAAGAUCCCAAAGUAAAGGCAAUACAAGUAGAAACAUUGGGUGCUGUUGGUUUAAUUUCGGCCAUUAUAACCAGUAUUACUAAUAACAGUCUGGAAGGUGAUCACGCAUGCGCAGAUGUUGCUUUUCUGAAGGCUGGGACGAUAAUUACAUUUCUAUGGGCAGAGCGCGAACACUCCACCGGGUCUCGCUGCACAGCCCGACCUACCAGGAUAUCUACAAAUAUGGACUAACAUGAGGCAUACGACAAACUGAGGGAUUUUUAAACUGUACGUCGUGACUCAUUAUUGGGGAACCCUUCCUUUUCCGUCUGCCGUUCAUUAAACUGCCGUGGAGCGGUUGUCACGCAGGCCGCGAAAAGGCUCUUGUUGCUGGGAGGAGACCAUUCAGACUCGCCUCCCUCGCUGCUAGCACUAUUAGCUGGCUACAAUGCGUCGCUGCUGCGGGGGUAUUUUCCACUCUACGGGCCACUGUAAAGCGGGGCAGGUCCUUGGUUGAAUCAUUACCCCUUGGAAACUGAAGGGUGACUUGGAAAUACACCACACCUUUCAAGGUAAUGUCCUGCCAGCUAGCUAACGUCAUUCAUGGGGUCGAUGAAUGCGGUGCAGGCUAACCGUUAGCCGUUUAGUUGGUGAGCUGCUUCACAUUUGCAUGAAUGGCCGCUUAGCCAACCUACAGCUAAACAAAUCUGGUCAGUGUCACAUAACGGGUGGCCCCUGAGAAAAGAAGCAAUUAGAAAAGCAGAAGUCUAGCUAAUUUGACUAAUUAGUAAUUACCUAGCUUGUCUAAGUAGCCUGCUUCGGGCCGUGAUGGACAACACAGUGGCAGGGUGGGAGGGUAACGCUCACAGGUAUCAAAGCAGGUACUUAAGUGAGUUUUUCCCGGAGGGAUCAAGUCAGCAGCAAGGACCUUAGUGCAGUAGUGUGUGUAAGCAGAUAGGUGCACCUCAUCUCUAAAAUUUGUACUCAUCUCUUAAUAAUUGGCAGCUACUUUUUACAAAUUUUCCUCAAGUCCUAAGUCAUUAUUUUACAGAAGAUAUUCAAACUGAUCAACAAUUUCCCUACUCAACCACAUUAUCACAGCCAAUUUAAAAAAAUGUACGUGUUCACAAAUUUAAAUAAUUCAUGUGUGCCUCUUACUCUAUAAAUCAAUUUGUCCCCUCAUCUUUAUUGUGCAGUGAUGCCUUUACAAUAACUUCUUCAAUGUGCAAUUAACAAUGCAGCGUCUCACCAUAUUUCUUUAAUAUGUGACACUCCCUGUGUGCUUAAAAGCCUUGCGCAAACUAUCCAUGAGUGAAAGUUGUAAACAGUAUAUCAGCCAGUCAUAACAUUAGAAACACCUUCGGGAUCCAGUGCAACUGAGUACAGUAGUGAGUCUGCUUUAAGUUCUGCCUCGACAAAGACUCGUCAGUGUGAGUUUUUGUUGACACAGACACUCAGACAGAUGAUCACCUGUCUGAUCAAGUAAACUAAAAAAAUAAACAUGUAAAGGCUUUCGGAUGGAAGAGUUCAUGGUGCAUCUGUUGUAUGGGAUUGCAUUAGAUUGCUCAGGUGUUCAGAGUGUUAUAUCACCUAAUAAGCACUGAGAAGUCAUGUCUUUACAAGUACUUAUUAGCCAGCAACUCCCCUUUGCUGUCUUUCCCUCAAAUCUUUCUUAAUGCACCUCAUGAGGAAAUUAACUGGGAGAAGGGAUGUCUAUUGUUUGAGAGUGGAGGUUUUGAAGAGUUGCUCUCACAUUUUAAGCUCUGUUUUGUUUUACCAUGGCCUCACAGCGGGUUCACAAGACUGUAAAGACUCUCAUUUCAAAGUUGACAUAACCAAUGUGAUCAUUCCUGCUAGAAUGGUACUUACGGUAAAUACUUAUGUCCCAGCCACCAAUUGAAAGCCCAGUUGGCCACUAAAGGAAGGAUUUACAGUUUCACUCAAAAAAGUAUUUUUCUUAACAGUAAUGAUAAAAAUAAUCAUUAUAAUUAACCACCAGCGGAAGUUAUUAAUUACUCAUAUUAAGGGUGUCUGGCUACUUACACAAGCCAUGCUGGGGGCAGUUUUGGCUUGUGGAUGUGGGUUUAUGCCCUGUUAUUUGAUUGUGCUUCUGAAUCAGCAGUGCAUUCAGCAUAUUUGUGACUGUAAUGUCAUGUUUCAAAUUCUUUUUAUUUAUUUUAUUUCUUUUUAUUUAAGGAUGGAUGUUGAUUUGUGUGCUGGUGGGGACAGUACCAGGAGAAAAGUGGAUUUGACUGGCACUGCAGAAGGUACAAUGGAUGUGGUACCGUUGGAGAUGUAUGACUCCGCCAGGGCAAAAAUAGCUGCCAACCUGAGGUGGCUGUUUGCAAAAGCAUAUGGCAUCGGUAAGUAAUGUACCCAACAUUUACAUCACAAAAACACCAACUAUUUACUCAUAUUUAUGGUUGGCUCUAUGAUGCAUUAAAAAAACUGUAUAUAGAGAAAGUGAGACUGCUAACAGCUAUCGCAUUUCUAAACACAGGGUAUUAAAAACACCAUGAGAUACUACAGCAUAUUUUCCUCCUAUUCUCUGGGCUAUUUCGGAUGUUAUUGCUGCAACAGUGUGUUUACUGUUUACUGUUUUCCACAUACCGUUGUCAGCAGAUUGUGUAGAGCUUCCGUUGUGACAUAUUGACAAGGAAAGGGAAGGAAUAUUUGUGUAUGUGAGCAGUCAAGCCAACAUGAAAAUUCUGCCCUGACAUUUUGCUACUAAAGCCUGUGUCAGUGACUCACCAGAUCCUUCCAUUCUUGUUUGGUGGCCAGUGAGAUUGAACCCAAAGUAGGCCCAGUGACAGGCAGUGAGUGAGGAUUAGGCUAUAUUUGUGAGACUGUACUCAGAGCAUGGAAAAUACUGAUCUACUCUGCCAGUCACUCACUCCCUGUUAAGAUGGUAACAGCAUUAGGAAGUAGGCCUUUAGGCCAGAUUUCCCUGUCUUGUCGGUGGUUUCAGCAGUCAGGAUUUGAAUAGAUUUCAGGACUGAGUGCAAUUGUUUGAAUUCAACCGUCAGGGUCCAUGUCUUUGUGACUGUCAGUUGAGCACAUUUUCUUUCUCGGGAAGUACCAUGAUAUGGGCUGCUUCUUGAUAGUUGGUUUUGCCCUUUUGUAACUGAUAAGGAAACUGUUUCAAAUAUUGUGAUAUUUUGUGCUUCCCAUGGCCCUACCUGUUUUAUAACUCUCUAAUACAAAAGAUAUUUGCUGACUGUACAACUUACUGUUGUUGCAUUUAGGUGAGAAGAGCCAAAUAUCUGCCCUGCCAUGUUCUUCAACUAGAACACAAUUUCCACCACUGCCACAAAUGUUGCACGUAGAGUAAUGAAUAAUAAUCUUUAUUCAAGAGUAUUUACUGUAUCAUGAAUCAGGAUUUUGCAAAACUCACUCAUAGGAAUGCAAAUUCAAAGUUUCUCUCUGAUGGAUUUUUUGAAAUGCUUAUAAUAAAAUAUGAAUUAGUCAUUAAAAAGGAAAGGUGAUUUUUAACAUUUUUCAAUACAAUGAGAAUUGCGAUACAAUAUAUUAUGAUAUACACAAUUUUUUCAACUGUUUAGCUAAUUUAGCAUGUUUCUUUCUUUUAUGAUUGUCUUAUUUACACAGUAUUUUAUUUUCAUGUAGCACUUUUUGCAAACUUUAUGUGUCAGGUCCAUCUCAUUUGUGCCCUGCUUGCAUUCCUAAUGUCUUUCUCUAUGUGCUGCUGUAUUUGUUGCACUAACUUUCUCCUGUUCUAUGAUGUCGCCUUUGCCAACAUUACUAGACAAACAGUUGAUUUUAUUUUUCCAUUAUCAUAGAUUUAUCUUCAUUUUAGCAAUUAAUUUGAAAAAAUGGAUACUUGGUCAGAGACGAUACGAUAUAUCACCAGACAAAAUAUUGUGAUACUAUACUGUAUUGUUUUUUUUCUCCCACCCCUAAUGUUUUCCACAGCCACAUACUGGAUAUAAAUGGCGGUACUGCAAAGCUACAGAACUUAUAGAGGUGUAAUACUUGUGUGACACACUAAUGCGUAGAGAAGGCCCAUAAAAGUAAUCUCUGUGGACUUAUAUGUAGGGCGAGGCUCAAAUGACUUUGAAAAUGGAAUUGCUGUGACAAGAGAGGCGAACAGAAGAACUUUUCAGACUCACAGUGUCCAGUUUUCUACAUACUUGUUCUUCUUGAUAAAUCAGCUGCAUGAAAACAUUGUUGGGUGUCACAAUCAGUCCAGCUGCAGAAAACACGCACUGGAAGCACUCAUGUUAAAUGCUAGCUUUGCCAGUCUGGAAAAUUAGUCCGCAUUGACUUUUCACCAGGCAAUCCAAAGAUUGGGUAAUGUCCUGGUCAAAAGAUCCAAAUCUCGCUGUCUGUAGUAGCAGCUGUUGUGUAUUUCUCCUCAAAACGAGCUUGCGCACAGCUGCAGCCCCUUGCAGAGCAUCUCAGCUGUGUGCAACACAUUUUGCCAGUUGAUUUGCAUCGAAACACCCUUCAAACCGAAAACACAACACAGAUAGAUGAAUGUAGUAUGAGACCACACAUUUAUCUCUACCUGAUAUGGACAUUUUUACCAACGAGUCAUGAGUGUCAAUCCUUUUUUACGUCCUUAGUCUUAGGAUGAAAUUGAUUGGAAAAUUUUCUAACCUUAUUUGCAGACUAAUAUAUAACCUCAGCAGUAAAUCACUGUUAAGAGGAAUACAUUUCCUAGUUUUCUUGGAUGCUUAUUGAUUCAGCAUUUUUAGGCUAAAGAUUGUUUUCUGUUAUUAUUGAUAGUAUGGGGAUGAGAUCAGAAACACUUAGUUGCCCUUUACUGCAAGUUUGUCGUUUUCAUAUGAUUAACUGUGGCUAAUUGCUGGCUGCAGUUGUAGCAUAGACAUGCGCUUACCAAAGUAACUUAGAGAAGUGCUGGAACGAGGCAUGGUUAAGUGAUUAUGCUGGUCAUGUAUGAUUAGAUGUGUAGGAUUUUCUUUCUUUUGCAUGUUAGUUUUCGUUACACACUAACCCCACAUUAUUAAGCGCCCAGGUUGGUUAAUCCCCUGGUAAAACAUGGAUCCUAGGUGGUGACAUUGGAGAUUUCGGCCCUCCAUAUCUAGUCAGUAGUGUUGUUCUGUUUUCAAAUUAAGUGCACAUUAUUAAAGGCCUCACAGUCCAGUAUGUUAAAGUCACAUCUUUCUCUGUGUAUUUAUUAACUCUGUUGUUGUGUGAGACGAACGUUGGCCUGAUUUUUCUGAGAGACUUUGCUAGCAUAAUAAAUGUUUAACCUCUAAACUGAAACAAGGAGACUGAGAUCAUCCGCACUGUUUGGCAGGAGUUCAGUCAUCUGGAUUAACAUCUCAUGAUGCCACCAUUCAGUGCUUUCAGUGUAGGGCUUCUAUUGACCUUUGAUUUUCUUGAUGCUAUGCCCUUAUCACAACAUUUCACUGUUGUCCUCCCCAGCCUCAGCUAUACUGCUUUGCACGUUUGCUGUAUCAGUGGAGUCUCUGUCCAGAUCAGCUGUAAUUAUUCUAGAAACUUCUACAAGCUUUGCUUUCUAUUCUGCAGUUGUUUGAGUACAUGUGGUCAUUAUAAAGAUUCUGUUUUGUAACUCAAGCUUUAAAAACAUGUAAGAUAUGGGUUUGGAUGAUGACCCAGGUUGUAAUUAGAAAGCUCUUGUUGCUUUUUUGCUCUAUUUACUUUCAGUCUCAUUAUUUAGACUCGCAUCAAGUCUUGUAGGUAUUUUCUUGUUGUUUUAUGUCUGUUAUCAUAAUCCCUAGUUAACCAUGCUGGCUGGAAGAUGCAGCGUAACAGCAUCCCUGGAUAAACAAGAACGAUGCAUUGCCUACAUAUGGGUGGGGAUGCUGUUCAGCUACAAUAGAGAGCAUACAGUAACCCCACAGCUUUGCUGGCCCAGAGGGAGCAUCCCUCAGGUGCAGCCACAAUUACCACCCCCCCAUGGGAACUGUAUAAACUAGGUCCAUUUGAUGUUCACCCCGUGGCUCAUAUGGAGUAUGCUACAUCAUUAAUGCUGCCCAGAUGCAAAACGUGCCAUUUAAACAGAGAGAGUGUCGUUAAUCCACAUUCAGACAUGCUGCUGUGGCUCAGUAGGGUUGUCAGGGAUUCAGGUGCAUCUCAUCAUCAGCGGGGGGUUCCUGUUUGGCCGUCAGUAAUGCAGGUCAGGGUCUGUGUACAUGCCCUCCUGUCCCACUGCCCUCUGCAUGCGCCGCAGCUGCUCCCCGCCUGAACAAGCUACAGACAGCCAGACAGCACUGCUGGCGAGAGCGAGCACCUGUCAUGGCUGCAGGCACACCGCCGGUCCUCACCCUGCUCUCUCCCUUGCUUGUGCUGAUAGCGGUCUGGUGCUGCUCACGGGUGGAUGACUCUGCUGUAGCACUUCCUUAGUCUCGCUGCCAGGCCCCUAUCCUCCUGCUCCAUCCCAUCCCAGCAUUUGUCUGCCUGGCUUGUGGUGGCAGGAGAGUGGGGGGGCAGCUGCCACACAACAUCAGUGUCUGUGAGAGUGAAGUCAAACGUAAAGUCUCGCCCUAACCAGCCCCCUUUGUUUUCACUCACAAUCACUGCCACUGUGCUAAUGGCUUUAUUUACUCAGACGCAGCUCUCCAGGAAUGACCAGCACUGCUGAGGGGGAUGAUGCCUAACAGAUAAAUGCUGUUUCACAAUAACAGCCGUAUUUGCAGCAUGUGUGUAUGCAUGGUGGUUGGCAGCAGUAAGCCCAGUGGAACAUAAUACACAGGGAUGGAUGUGAUUGACUGUCAUAAGCUGCAUGGUUUAUCAUUUUGUAAGCAGUGCAGUCUCAUUCUUACAUAACAGAUCUUCUUAGUUGCAUUAUUAGGAAGGUUUAUCGCAUCAAGACAAAUGCUGCCCAUUUUCUCACUGACAUGUUGGACAUUAGGGUUGGAAUUAAUGGAUUUGCAUCAGUAGGAAAAAAGAACAGCUGACAAAAUGUCAAGUACAGUGUUCUGCCUCAGCCUGCUAGUAAUGCUAUGCUGCUGUUUUAGCUAUAGAUUGACUCUGCAGUGCAGUACUAUAUGAAUUAAGUAACAUGUGGAAGUUAGGUGAAAGGAUAGGUUGAAUUAAAGCCUCAGGAUUAGGGCCUAAAUAACUUGACAAGGCUGUAGUACACCAUCAUGAUCCAAAUCAGAAAAGCUUUCUGAACAUCAGAAGAGAGGAGCCUGUCACUUUGCUUUAGGCAGAUUACAGUAACAAAGAAGAAAUGUUUGGAGAGGCAGGGAAGCCCUCAUGAUGGUGAAGUUUGUGAUCGUACCACACAGUCUAUUUUAGUGGUAGUAUUUCUGUAAUGUUUGAUGGUAUUAUGGCUCUUGUUUCAAACACCUGCUAACAAGCUACAUUGUUUUGUUUUGAUGCAUCAUAUGAAACCAUCAAGAUUACAAAACAACAGAAACAUAGCUCGAGAGAAAUGUCAAGAGUAGUAAAUUUUAAGGUUGUAUUUGUUUUUAGACAUAUUUUCAAUGACUUAUGAAUCUUGAAUCUCCAGAACUGAGCAGCUUCACACAAACAUGUUCAGUCCUGCUCAGUUAUAACUCAUAAUUCCUUUUCUUUUCCACCACGUUUAGAUGCAUAUCAAAUCCACGUUUUGUUUGCUUCCUGACUUUUGCUGUACAGCUUUGAUGCUAGUGGUGAAUUAUCAUCCACAAAAGACGCUGCAAGAAGCAGCCUGCCUGCCCUCCUGUUUUUGUGAGCAGGAGAUUGCUGAUGAGUAGCUCUCUUUAUCCCGUCAGUCAGAGCAGACACUAAGAACACAUCACACACGCGCACACACGCACACAUGCACACACGCACACACGCAAAUAUGGCUUAUGCUGUGUUUCUGCAGCUCAGACACAGAUUUAACAGAAGAGGGAUAUUUCUGCCACCACAUGGUUUGUGUGUUGCAGGUUUUUUAGGACAGGUUUUGUGCAACAUUUUGGACCCUUUUUCAGCCUCAAUCAAAGGUUUAUCCAGCAGCGUAUAUUUGGUCUGUGCAUGCCAGAAGUGAAGCGCUUCAUCCCUUGCCCUUAUAUGGCUGUGGGUUCUGGUUUUAAAAUGACCUCACGUCCAAAGCUACAGACUCCCAUGUGUGGGUGGCAUGGUGAGUUUAAACUCACCAUGCCACCUGCUCUGAUGCUUCUGUUUUGCAAGAAUUGGUUUCCCAGAGUACCUCUGAAGCAAUAAGCUGUGACUUGUAACUACAAAUGGCCAUGUUUGCUUCAGGUAAACUCAAGUGGCUAAGGUUUGGCACAUUCCUCUGGCCUGUUGACACUGUAGAAUUUUGAUGUGUGUAGGAUCAGACGAGCGAGAUGUUAGCAUUAAAGAUUCAUCAUUUUCCUGCUCCAUUAUUCAUCCUUAAACUAUAUUCCUCAUUGGCUAAUCCACGUCAGUCCUGUCUGCCAGGUCACAAAUGGUCUGACACAGUUCAACUAACAAGUCUUUUUAUUUCAGACCAUAUCCCAGAGGACUUGAGGGACCCGUUCUACACAGACCAGUACGACCAGGAACACAUAAAGCCCCCAGUCAUCCGCCUGCUGCUCUCCUGUGAGCUCUACUGCCGCGUCUGUGCCCUCAUCCUCAAGACGGAGCAGGCGGUGUCUCUUCAGUCCCACCUGUCAGUUAUCCAGGCUUUGUCCAGGAAGGGCAUUUACGUGGUGGAGAGUGAUGAUACACCUGUCACGGACGAGGACCUGGCCUGUGUGCCCAUCAAAAUGGUGAGUGGAGUGACAUUUGUUGGAAAGCAGGUUCUGUUUAACUGAUGUGUUCACUCUGUUUUGGUUAGACUCACUCAGCUUAGGACAGGCUAUGAUUUUGCAGUCGUACAGAUUGCCUGUCAAAUCAGGGUUAAACCGGGCCAGAGGCUGUAAACACUUACCUGUGACAUCCCCGGCUCUUCCUACCUCUGAUGUAUUAUCUCACCUCAGUGACAAAAGCAGUGGAAAAGCAGCAGGCACUUCAAACCAACCAGUCAUUACAGCCAAGACCUCAUCCAAGACGCCUCUUCUGGAGUUUCACAGCAAACACUGUAUUUCAAUGAGGUUCAGACACAUAAUGCUGCUUGACUCAGUGGAACGGUCUCCAGUGAUUUGACUGCACUCUUAUCAGUUAUGAUUCAAAUGUAGAAGUGUAAUUUGAAUAUUACUCAUGCUGGUCAUACACGGACAUUCAUGCAAGAUAAGGCUGUGAUUAGAGUUGGUAUUGUGUGUGUUAUUUUGCUAUGGAAAUGUUGUUUUUAGUCUUUGGAGGGCUGUUCUUCCUCCUGAAACCUUUACAACCAGGCCUCAGCAAUCAAACUGGGAUGCGUCCGGGGCGGACGCAUCCCGGGGAAGAUUGGCUAGAAAAGCUGGAAACAUCAUUACACUUUUAAGCUAAACGGUCAGCACUUAUAGCCAAUCAGAGGCGAUAAGAUAAGCACAUGAAACUAUGGUAACAACUGUUAGUUUACAUAAGCACAGAUGAAAGUGACAACAAAGACGUUUAGCAAACUGUUAAAGCACACAAAGUAUCGUCAUAUAAGAGAUUCGACUCUAUGACUCUCCACAAGUUGUCCUUCAGGUCGUUAUCUUUGUAAAGUUUGUGUGUUUUAUUAAAAAGCACUCUGUUCUCCGACAUGUAAACAAUCAGCCGGUUGGCCAUGUUGGAUAUACCGGUGAAUCAGACGUCACAACAACACGCAAUCUGAUUGGUCAGAAGUGGACACACAGUAUGCAAAACUUAAUAAAUCGACCGUGAUCCGAAAAAAUAAAUGAGUCGCUGAUGUGAACGCUUGUAUUGACAGGUUACGGGUUUGAAAAAAAACGGUCCUGGUGUGUAAGGACCUUUUAUAUUAGCAAGGAAAACAAACCAACUCAUACAUUUUUUUACCUUUUAGACAUUGUUUAGUGAACGUUUGCUUGUAGAUCUGCUCAGAUUUCCUCUUGGUUAAAUUUUCAAUCAUACAACAAAAUAAAACAGUAGUAUAAGAAAAUCAAAUAGAGAAAAAGUAGAAUAAAGUAGAGUCUGAAAUUGUACCUUCCCUGAUGUUUUUCAGAGAGCCAAAAGUGAGCAGUGUUCCUGUUUGGCGUGUAGACUUUCCACCAAAGAAAGAAUGUACUAAUCCUCAUACACCAUCAAAAGCCUGUGACCUUUCAGAACAGGCAUCUGAGGUGCAAAAUUGUUAAGAGGGUUAAUCUGGGGUCAAUAUAAGAAUAGAGGUUAUUGUUGGAGUUUGUUUUUCAGCUGCAUAUUUGUAUUGGCUGAAAGCUGGCUCAUGAAAGUCUUUGCUGCCGUUGAUCCAGUCCUGAUUUUCAGCUGAUCUUUAGUUGAUUUUGGGGACAAUAACUAUUUUCUAAGAAGUCGUGUGUGAUCAUGCAAAAAGACUGGUGACUCGACUUUUCAGAACACUUCAUGCAGGAAAGAAUGAACACCAACCAGCUCAUUUGCUUCCAGCCAUCUUCUUACCCUUUUGUUACCAUGGUAACCAGUGAUGAUGUGUAGAGCAGGUCCUCCUCUCUGCAGGCUGGCGAGUCAGGGGUGUGUGUGUGUGUGUGUCUCAGUGUUCCCCCCCAGCAGCCUGACAGAAUAAUCCACGCAGGCCCAUGUGUGAGCAGCCAGACACAAAGCCGAGUGAGGAAACUACUUAUCACUGAUGGACUGUUGGACCCCCCCCCCCCCAAGUUUGCUGACUUGACAAGGCGUUUCCAUAGCAGCCCGCAUUUUCUGCUUGUGUCUGUGUGUGUGUGUGUGUGAAUGAAUAAGACUGGGCAGGCUGCUCCUUUGACUCUCGUCGGGUCAACAGCUGGGUGUGUUGACCCAUCAUAGCACGUCCUCUUGAAGUGCGUGCGUGCGUGCGUGCGUGCGUGCGUGUGUGUGUGUCAGUCAGUCAGUCAGUGCUCACACUCUCAUAAAGCUUAGGGCAACAGCAGCCCCUGCUCCCUGUGGAGCUCCACGGUAUACUGAUGAAGAGCAGAGGAAGUGUUGAAGGAGAACAAAAGAGGAGGUGCACACACCAUGCUGUUGUUGUGUUUGCCCUUUUGUUAAGUACUGAGCUUUACUCGCUGACACUAAAGUAGUAAAUAAAUACAGGACACCCUGAGUUACAAGAGUUUUCCUGUGCUGCAUUAUCUUGUUGCAUGUAUGUCUUCUAUCACAGGUGCACACUGACUCCAUAGCCCAUGCUUUUACCGGCAAAUUAGCCAUUUUGUGUUUGAGUUAUGUUUACCCAUCUUUCUCUUCUCUACAGACAAAUAGCACAAAAUUAAAGAUCAGAGUAAUAAAUCCAUAGAGAUAUGAAUGGAGUAGGAAGAUCAAGUUAUUGAUGAACUUACUUAAAGGUAGAGCUAAAGCAGCCUUGACUGGAAAUCUGGCUGGUCUAAAGAGAAUCAGACUUGAUGUGGAAUUGCUGUAAGGCUUAUAUUCCCUGUAAAACCAUGAAACAGCUCAGCAGAACCGUCCCUGCUGCCAACAUGAAUCCCAUGAGCCAGCAGAAGCAGACAGAGUACCUCCGUCUUCCUCAUCGCAGUCUUCAUCCUCUCUUCUCCCUCUUAUUAAUGAGAGUGUUGUUGUUUGCCUGGAAGUAGAUGUUUUCUGUUAUUGUCCGUGGAGGUUCUGCCGUGGUGAGAGCUCUGAAUAGCUCUCAUUUGUUCUGUUAACAAGCUUAAUCUCUGAGCACUUCCAUCAGAAAUUGGAUUAGGUAAGCAGCAUGUUACACAGAGGCCUUACUCAAACAAUAUCAUGUCUGUACAUGCUCUGUAAUGGAUUCUGUUGCUACUUCUUCAUUGUUUUGUUUGGGAUCACAAGUAACCAUUAGUAACAAACCUUCAUUUUAAAAGAGAUAGAUUCAUGUCCACGGGGGUAAUUCAGCAGGUUUUUUAUUAUUUGGCAGGUGAUGACUCUCAAAAGACAGUGUUUCUACCUGAGAGUAACCAGGUGUCAGGACACUUGAAAAGAAGAGUCUGCCGCUGCUCUUGAUCGCAUUAGGACUAAGAAAGUGGGUUUAAGGGCAGGCAUCUAUUGUGUAGGACGAGAGGUUUAACUUUUGAUUAACCUUGGUUGGUUAUUUAAAGCUACAGGAACCUCAGGACAACAGACGGUCCUGUAAUCAAUAUAAUCUAAUCCAUUUAUCCACAGCCUACUGUACAGAAUCCACAGGCCACUGACAGUUUAUAUCACAGACAACGACUUAUAACACUGUCUUUAUGGCCAAGGUGUACGCUGAUUUUUUUGGCUCCGAAGACAGCUGGACAAACUUUAGUAAACUGGCCUAUCAUCAGAGAGGGUAUACUCAAUAAAUGUUUGAUACACUUUUUGCACUUGAAUAUAAAGAAGUUUUUUUUAGCACAGUCCCUGAGAGUGAACAUGUGAUCAGUUUUUAUUCUACACAAAUAAGGUACGCAGUUUUAGUUUGUUUGGUUAAAUCUGCAUCGGAUUGCCGUCUCAUUUGCCUCCAGCUUUGAUGCUAAUUACUUUGGAAACUGGGUAAAAAAAUCCAAUAAAAUUGAGCCGUCCUGUGUCUCUCUUUCUCCCUCAUGCAGAGUGCUCACAUGCCCAUGAUCGAUGCCCUGAUGAUGGCUUACACGGUGGAGAUGAUCAGCAUUGAGAAAGUGGUGGCUUCUGUCAAACGCUUCUCCACCUUCAGUGCCUCUAAGGAGCUGCCCUUUGACCUAGAGGAUGCCAUGGUCUUCUGGAUCAACAAGGUGAUCAGAAAUGCAAAAUAAGCAGUCUCAUACUAUCACUUUGUUUGCAUGUGUGAAAUAAUGGGGUGGGGGAUCAAUCUGUAUGUCUCAGUCAGACUAAAAUUGGCCUAAACACUCAGUUUACACUCCGCAGUUGAUGAAGAAGAAAGAGGGCGUAACAAAGUCCCUAUAUUUUCAGUUUUGUUGACAUGGUCUGACAGGUACGGAUUGUCCUUUUAAAGUAGUUGUUCAAGUUUUAGAGGGUGCUGGUGGUGCUGUGGUGAAUACUCUGACUUCUGUAAUAACCCCCUGUCGGAUCAAGUUAAAAAAAACUUUAAAAAAAAUUUAAAAAUGAAGCCAAAUUUGGAGUAUGACUGUUGUACUCAGUAACCCAGGUUUUCCUGAUCUUAUGGCUGGUCAGUGUCAGUCACUGCUGCUCAUACAGCCGACAGGAGAUAGGAGUGUGAAUCUGCUGCACACACACAAGAGGCUCAGGCUCAUGUUGCACUCGUCUUUCAAAGCCCGAGGCAGCAAAAGCCAUGACUCAGUGUGUCCAUAAAUCAUCCUGAUGUCAAACACUGUCGCUUUCUGGGAGAGGGAAGGUGUCACCCUCUGCUGAUGAGCCAUUUCUGUCCCCAAGCAGCUGAAUUUUCUCACCUCAGUCACUAACAUUAGUAUGUGCUAGGGGUGGGAGAAAAAAAUCGAUGCAGCAUAGCAUCGUGAUAUUUUGUCUGGUGAUAUAUAUCGUAUCGUCUCACUGACCAAGUAUUGAUUUUUUUCAAAUUAAUUGUUAAUUUGAAGUCAAACCUAUGAUAUUGGGAAAAUAAACCUAACUGUUUGUCCAAUGAGGUAGGCAGAGGUGACAUCAUAGAGCAGGAGAAAGUUUUGCUGCAUUCGAGUUACUUCAGAAGUCAGAUGCGGGGGUGAAAACGACGUCACACCUGAGGUCCCAGCAUUUCAGUUACCAAGUCGGUAAAAAGCAAAAUCAGAGGCCUGAAACAAGAUGGCUACAUCCAUAAAAGUUAUUUUAGUGCUUGCCUUGUCGUAAUAUAAGGCAAUGUCUGACAUAUUUGUUGGUAAAUUGCUAGAAAAUGUGAUAAGUAAUUGGUAUUAUUUCAGGCACUUAGACCAAUCAAAGUCAUUGACAUUAAAGGUGUUAGUAAAUCUGUUUUAUAUGUAGUUAUCUAGGAAGCUUAUAUUAAUAAUGUGCCAUAAGUGGAAAGCUGGUGACCAUAACUGAAGAACAAGAUCAGAGAGAAACCGGAUUUUCUACGGUGGAUUUCUUCUGGGGACACAGAUUUGACUGCUGCUUUUUUCAAGUUUGUGUGAGGAUAUCAAAGACUGCAGGAAGAGAGAGAAACAGAUCAGGUGACACAUGAAAGAGAAAUAUUACACGUAGCAGUGCCCCUCCUGAGCUUCAAUUCAUCCCAUGCAAAGUCAGAGUAACUUUGAAGCUAGAGCUUACUUUGCUCUCUGAACAAAAAUGACUCUGCAUCCACUGCCCAAACAGUUCACUUUGACCACACAUUUGUGCUGUGAGAAAAAUCUGCCAUGAGACUUAUAACUGAUGAUAAACCACAUUGAUGUUUAUGUGACAAUUCUGGCUCAUUAGUAUUAAACUGUCACCUUGCUGUCUGCCGUGUUGAGCUUGCUUUGUCCUAUCUGUUUAGUCAAGCCUCCAAAUAAGUCUCACUUCCACUUGUAUUGACUGUGAGGAGCAGAGGGAUUCAUGUCCAGGGCUGCACUGGCAAGCAGAUUUACCAAGCAUUGUUAUAAUGGGCUGACACACCUUUGGGUUGGGAAAAAAACGCCCUUUUAAUAAAUGUAGCGGUCCGUUCAUGAACACUGAGUGUGGUUUUAUAUUGACACUGUGCUGAUCUAACUAUGUCUCUAAAAGGGCUUUAUUCUGCCCUCCCUCUCCAUUCUCAUUUAGACUCGGAACACAAUAGAUUCUGGCUCAAAAAAAAAAAAAACAUCGGACAGGAGGUCAUAUAAGAGUGCAACAAGAUUUGAGAAUGCAAAGAAGCUCAAGAUCCAAGAAAAUGUGUCAAAGAUGGCAAGAGGAUGACACAAUCUAAAGAUGUGCAAACACAUGCUGCAUAUUCAUGUUUUACUUUUUCCUCUGCAGGUUAAUAUGAAGAUGAGGGAGAUGACAGAAAGGGAACAUAAGGUUAAGCACCACCCGCUCGAGUCCCCCAGCCACCAAAAGGUAAAGCCUUUUCCCAUUCUUUCUGUUUGAUUCUUUUACAGGAGAAAAGCCUGAAAAGUUUUUGGUUUCCGGUCCACACUGGUGACACCUUCUUUGUGGCUUUUGGAGGCUUUUAGAAGGAACUCACCAUCAAGUUUUGAUCCAGGUGGAUAAAAGUCUUUAUGACCAGAACUUGGUUCCAGGCCACCAAAGGCAUCUUUUGUUUUGAUAAGGAGUUUGUCAACGUGAUGGCAUCUUUUGGACUUAUUCUGACCCUGCUCUCUCUUUCUCUGUGUGACCCGGAAGCAGAUCCAAUCCUUUUGUCUCUGACCUGUUAAUCUCUCUGCUCCUGUCCCUCAUCUAUCCCCUUCCCCUCUCUUGUCCCUGCAAACUGGAUAGUCUCCAUCCAAAUGGUAUUGGAAGCUUGUCCCUGUAAGUUGGAUGCCAGCCCCCUUAACCCCCUUAACCCCAUUUUCUCCCCCCUCUCCCCCUUGCACGCGUAGUUCUGUGUUGAUGUGCGCGCACACACCACCAUGGCUCAUUAAAGCUCAUUCUGUGCUGCUUGUAGCCGGCGUGUCAGCAAGGGGGAGGAGCUUACUCUUCUUUUGAUUUACUCUGCAGAUGUACCACACAGGUGUAAGGUUAUUCAGGCUGUGAACAAAGUGCUCCAAAGAUUUUGUUGUAACUACAUAAUGUAUGCUAUCUCAUUUCAAGCUAAAGUAGGCCAUGUGUACUGGCUGUGCGUGUGUGUGGUAUUUGCUUGCCCAGUGAGAAUAGGAGCAAAUCCAUGCCCACACCUCUCCUCUGCUUUGCAGUCCCAUCACUGGACACCACCUCUCACUGAUCUGCUUUGUCAUCCCUCCCUCCGGUCUCUUUUUUCUGCUUUCUCUUUCUCUUUCACACACACACACUCAAACGCACACACUGUUUCCACAGUCUCCUCUGACAGUAUCUUUGCUUUGUUUGUGUAUGUGUGUGUCAGCCCGAUGUCAUGCACAAGCUGGCCCACAGCAUGCUGGAGCCAGAGGAGCUCUCCAAAUGGGUACAGUGUGAACUCUUAGCCAGCAGAAGUCCUUCACGUCAAACCUCUGUGCUAGUCCAGCCUCUUUAGUUUGUUUUGGUAGUUUCACCUGUGACCUGUGUUUUUGAGUGGCUCAGUGUUUGAGGUUAAAAGUUUUUGCUGAGGUAUUUUUAAAAACACUCUUUGAUUUGAAUUUCUGACACUGUGCAUCCCAGCAGCUGUCCUUGGGUCUGCAUCGUCACUAACGCUGGUUUACACUAUUUCUGCUGCACUGAUCUGAGACAGUGAGGAGAGUGCACACACAGAAUGAUGGUUUCUAUAGUUCCCUCUUCUCUCUGCUCUGAUCCAUCACACUCUUUGCCUGGAAGACCGAUCAUUUACACAAUCGCGGGUACAUCAGGCUGGUAGUUGGCCUAUUCUCUUUAUCAGACCUUUACUAUCUGAUUUGCCAGAUAUCACAAAACCGUGUGACUCAACUGUGAGUGAAACUGUUGACUCCAGUAAACAAAUGUUUCAGUUUUGAUGAAACAUUUGUUCAAAGCAUUCAAGUACAGUUUAUGCCAAAGUCUGACAGUGCAAUUUCUGUCUGUCACCUUUGUCUCUGUUUGGGAUUUGGCGAACACAUAACAAAAUCAUGCCACGACUUGAUCAACAGACAUGACAGACUACAUGAUGGUAAAUAGGGCUGGACGAUUAUGGCAAAAGUAAUAAUCAUGAUUAUUUUGAGUGAUAUUGAAAUCACUGUUAAUAAACAUUCAAACAUUCAUAAUUAGUCAUUGAUUUCAAAACCUGAGUAUUUAUUGAACAAACAAAACUUAACUUUAAGGAUCAGGCUGUGUGAUCGCUGACAAUAACUUGCUUAUGCAAAUACUUUGCGUGCGUGCUCCACAUUACAGCGCCCAUGUGCGCGGGCAUAUACUGAUACAUAUGAGUCAGAGCUACAGCCACGGUUAAUUGCAUAUAAGGAAAACCUAAAGUUGGUCAGAUUGCCUCGGGGAGCACACAUGACAGCGUGACAAACUUAACAAACAAUUUCCUUUUGCUCGACAUCCGUCAACUUGAAGCCAAAAUGUUUCUAGAUUACUGAAGUUGUCCUUCCUGUCUUCUCAACCAAAGGCUGCCUUUCUGCCAUGUUAUCAAUCGCUUACUCCUCAUAUUAGUGAUCCACACACGUCACAUGCUUGCUGCAGCUGCAUGUAACAGGGGUGCAUUCAAAGUGUUUUUCUAACACAGGAACUUACAUGCCGCGCCGUGCAGCACAUUAAUCGUUUUUCUUUGAUUAUAAUGUUUUUAUGAUUGUAAAAAGCCAAAAUCGAAAUCAUGAUUAAAAUUUGAUUAAUCGUCAGCUCUAAUGGUACAUGACCAGUGUAAACUGGACUUCAAGAGAAAGUCAAACCAUAGACUGUAUAAUAAAUGGGCGUAGCCUUGGUGAUGUCUCACCAGGGUUUGUGAAGUGGAGUUUUGUAGCCCAUUGGUGGCGAUUGCCAUAUUGGAAAUACUGUUUUAAACCACAUUGUGCCCACCUGUCAGUCUAGUCAGCCUUGCCUCUGAUUCGCCGAUCUUGUAACCUGAAUAACUAUCAAAGAAACGUGAUAUAAAGAGAGUAAAAUGGGUGUUGUAGGAGCCAUGAGCUAUCAGACCAAAACUAUUAACUUCUUUGUCAAACAUGUUAAUUUGGCUGUUAAAUAGGGGUGAAAUGAUUCCUGGAGUACCUCAAUUACAAAAAAAUGAUUGAGGAAUUUUCUCUGCCUCGAGUACUCGUUUAUGAGCUCAAAUUGUCGCUGUUUCGCUCGGAUUAUUUUCAAGGUGACAACGCGCUUACGUCAUCACGGUAGAAGGAAGAGUAAGUGCAGUUUUAUGUUUUGCGGAGCAGAAAAAAUGAAUGAUGAGAGGGGCUGCUCUUCUGCAGAGCUACAGUAGAUCAUUAGCACUUUUCCUUUGAGUAGUGGGCAGAGACAGCGCUGCUCUGCACACUCCUCACGCUAGCUUGUAGCCUAACAUUGCUGGUGUAGUCGCAGAAGCAGGUAACAUAGGAGCUAUUCAGCUCUCGGACACAAAUGUCUUUAGGGACAUGAUGAAAGCUAAUAUCAUAACAAGCUUUCAUUCUUACGAUCAUUGCAGUCCGCUACUUCACACGCUUGUUUGCGAUUGUUCCGCGACAAUUGCACUUCAACUUGAAAAAAUGAUGUUCUAUCCGAUCACUCGAUUAAUCGAUGGAAUAUUUGGUAGUAGAGUACUCGAUUACAAUAUUCAAUAGCUGCAGCCCUACUCUUAAAGCAGGCUUUCUUUGCUCAGUGGAUUUGCGGUCUCUGGUGCGUCUGCAACCAGCCUCGAGUGGAUAGUUGGGGAACUACAGUUUGCAGAGUUUGUAAUAUUAGACCAAAGUUUUUCAUCUUCCUGUGAUUGCAAAUCAGUUCCAACUACUGGUUAUUGGUCUUAUCAACUGCUUAUAAAUAAAACUGUAUCAGCCCUGGAAAACCAGUAUUGGUCGACCCCCGUGAUGGUUUUGAAACACUUUUGUUCCAGCAUUCUCAUAAUAUCGACGCUAUCGUUACAUCCCUAAUAAUAGUUAUGACACUGUUCAUAGUUAGAAAAAUCUUCUUUUAAGUGCUUUUGAUACCAUGUUGGUGCUGUAGUUACAACACUUUGAAAGUUGUCAGGUUUUGCUAAACUUUUUGUUUCAUAAAGAGACCAGUGGACACACACCUUACUUCUGAUAUACAUGCAUUAAGUUUGUAUUGGCUCAGGCAGCUUGUUGAAGCAGCUGGAGUCAGGCAGGUCCACAGCAGCAGGCCAUCUGAAGCAACAAUCCAGAGGAACCUGCAAAAACAAGAGAGCUCAGGGAGUCCUGCAAAGAGCUGUGGGUAGCAAGUGACAGAUUUCAAGUUAAUGACACAAAGACAAACAGGGGUGCAAGAAGGAAAAACAGCUUGUGCAGUCUGAACCUAGAGCAGAAAAACUGACACUGUGAAUGGUUCUUCAUUUCUAAAUCACUUAGAUGAACUGUCUUUGAGUCUCUUUUUAGUGCAGCAGAGUUGUCAGUUUGAUUAGUUCUUACAAGGGAGUGUUUUCCCUGUGUGAGGUGAAUCUCUGUAAAUCAUGUCGAAGCAUCUGGAGUUACAAGCAGCGGUUCCAGAAAGUGAAGUGCUCCUGUGCUCCAUAAUUAUACUGCCUUAAUUCUUAUGUAGGUCUGCAGUUGAUGUGCACUUGAGUCUGUGUAGUUGGUAAAUGCCUUUUUGAAUCAAUGUAUUUUGUUAAUAUGCCCAAUUCAAUUUGGCCAAUGAACUGUGGAAACUGAAGUAAAUCUUACAAAUGCCUGCACUUGUUAGCUGUACAUGUCCAGCCCUAAUGCAGCUGGGUUGAGUGAGUUUCUCCACUAACCAUAUGCUCAUUCCAAUAAGUGGGCCAGUGAUCCCCCCAGUUACUCUCCCAGUCAGGAGGCUCAUGUUGCCUACUUUGACUGGGCUCCUUUUCUAACUACCCUCUCUCUCACUAUGGCCUGAAGACGGCUGACCAACCAUCCACUCUGUGUUGUUCAUAACACCUUCACCUCCAUUUAUCCAUACUUAACAGUCUUCAGGGUUCUCCCCUAAACUGAACUGACCAGUGUUGUCAGUCAGCCUCAUUUCUUUAAAGCAGACUAAACUUGCUGUUUAAAGAGGAGUAUUGGCUUUCAAUAAGAAUAAAACCUUUUAAAUUUGCUGGGGAGAACCUUGAUUUGAUAGUCAAGAGCAUCGACGGAGCUGAAACAUCCAUAAUCAAUAUAUGCUUGACUAGUUCAGAAGUAGAAGAGGAGGUCUGUACUUGUGAACCUGGUCACUGCAUUUAGGAUGUUUUUGGAUGAAUGUAUCAGUGGUAGUACCGUGGUUGUGUGUUGUUGCUGUGACUUUUAUUUCUUAUUCUGGUUGUCUUCUCCUUUAACCCCCAUCCUCUCCCCCCCUUGCUGGUUAGGUGCGGUAUCGUAGGGAGCACGCUUCAGGCCGACAGCUUCCCUUCUUCCCACUGCUGGAAGACCUCAUGAGAGAUGUUUGUGAUGGAGCUGCGAUGCUCACGGUGGUCCACUACUACUGUCCAGACCUCAUGAAGCUGGAGGGUACGGCCACGCCAAAGAGCCUGAGUUCAAUACCUUCUGAGUAUCAGUAGACCUCCAGAGACCUAUCGUAGUCGACACCAAGCUUUCUUUGCUAACACAUUGAAUUCAAUAUCCAAGUGUGAUUCUAUUUCUGGGACUUGCACAUAGCUUACUGUCCCUGUCAAGUCAGUGUGACAUUUAUAGCCACUGGGUCAUUGAGUUGUGUCCUGAUGUGUCUGUCUGAUCAGAUAUUUGCCUGAAGGAAGUGCCCUCCAUUGCUGAUAGCCUUUACAACAUUCAGCUACUCCGAGAGUUUGCCAGCGAGUAUCUGAACAAGAGCUUCUAUCUGACCACGGAGGACAUGCUCUACUCGCCGCUGGUGCUCAAGGUAAAACAAACAAACACACAAAAAAAUAAACAAACAAACACAAAAACUAAACAAAGACACACAAACAAACGUACACACUAAUAAACAAACAAACAAACACACAAAAAACAAAUGAACAAACACACCAAUAAACAAACGUACACACAAAUAAACACAUAGACAAACACACAAACAAACAAAUAAACAAACACACCAAUAAACAAACAAACAAACACACAGUGCUUUCAGACGUAUCUGCGAAGCGGGCAGAAAAAACUCACCACUGUCAGCAUGUAACCUGUCGACCAUCUGUGGAGCCUUUAUAGACUGAAGAUGAUCUAAAAUGUUUUGAUUGAUGUCUUGUUUCUCCCCUUGCAGCACAAUGUGAUGGUGUUCAUUGCUGAGCUGUUCUGGUGGUUUGAGACAGUCAAGCCAGAGUUUGUCCAGCCUAGAGAUCUCCAAGAGUUCAAAGAUGGUAAGCAGCACAGCUCCUCUCAUCCCUCCCUCCUUCUCUUUUUCGUUCUCUCUCAUCUCUGUAACUGUUUGUGAUGUGAAUAUUCUUUCUCUGCUACUUUAAACGCUGACUUUUAGCAUUCAAAAAAUGUCUGCUGUCAAGAUCACUUGUAAAGAUCAGGCCGACUUUUGCUUUGUUCUCCAGUAGAAGUGGCCAACAAUUAACAGUGUUUUGCAACGAGAACUCAAUGUGAAUCAAAUCCAUUUUUCAUGAGAUGUGGGCAGUUAGCCUCUCAGAGCAGUGGAGCCAAAACAAGCAGAAACUUUCCUCUUUGUCAAGUCAUGUAUUAGCCUGAGGUGGUUAGUUUCCUCCAGUUCUUGUGUUUGUCUCCACUUGAGGCUGUGCAUGGUCACUGGUCUUAAUCGUAGAGUUAGAUUGAAGCGAAUGUGGAGCCUCUGUAUUCUGACACAGUCAACCUCCUUCUCCUUAGCUCGAGCUGCAGCUCAGCCCAAGAGUGCCCGUCCAUCAGUGCCUAUCUCCAACGCCACCAAGCGCAGCUUCCUGGUGAGCCCCGGUGCGGCUGACAGCCAGAGCAGCCCGGAAGUCUGUAACAGGUACUUCCUGCACCCUGAAGAAACUGACCCCCUGUAAGUCUUCACUCUCUUUCCUUUUCAUUUCACUCAUCAUCAACCUGUCCUUAAGCAGUUUCAGUCGCCCUACAAGGGUGGGUCAAUAUUCUCAUGUGCCCUCCACCUCUAAUCCUUUGUUUCCUUCCUCAUCCAGUUCAACAACAGAUUGUUGCUCUCAAGAAUAAACUGUUAUUUAAUCUGCGUGUUUAAUCAUAGUUAGCAUAGUUAGCUGUUUUUAUUCGGGUUUAAACGUGUCUGGGUUCACUGAAUUGAGGAAGAAGCUUCAUGGUGUUGGUGUCUUGGACCUGCACACUCGACCAGUCCAAUGAGGUCUCUCUGCUUCUCCGCUCUCCUAAAAGAGUGUGUACACUUAAUGGAUGUUUAUACUUAACGGAAGACAUUGUGCUUUUUGUCUUUCAGUAAAGGGGGCCCCACCUUCAGCCCUUCACACCCUCUCCUGCCCCUCAGACAGAGGCAACAGAAGCAGCAAGGAGAGGACGGUACAGGUAAUGUUUGUGCAUGUCACUGUUUUAUGAUGUAGACCUGCAGCUGUUUUUAUACUUGAAUAUUUGGUGUGUUUGUUUUUGGCUAGGUCUCAGAAACCGCUCCAACUCCCUGACUCAAAUGGACGGACAGGCCCGUGGUUCUGUUGUUGCAUGGCCCGACAAGAGACAGAGGUAUCCUCCAGUUAAUGAUGUUGUUUAAGACUCGAGCACCAAUGACUGGUCUUUAUCCGCGUUGACUGGAAAAGACAAGUGGUACAAAGCUGCAGUGAGCGCUUUUAGCAGUCAGUCAAAAAGUGAAUGAGCAAAUUUUUGAAAUGGAGUAAUUGACUUUUUGUUGAAGGAACCAAACAGACAAACUCUAUCAAAUCUAGAACAAGUGGAGUCAAUGAAGUGAGCAGAUUUUAAACAAAUCCUCCUGUGAUGAGGAAUGAGUGUUGAUGACUGAUGAUGACGGAGGUGAAGUUUGACAUGUAUGCAUGUGUGUGUAAAAAUAAGAAUAGACUAAUCUGGGAGCUGUGUGUAUGUGUGACACCAUUACUGCAGUAAAAAAUCUGUCUGCAGACGACAAACUGGUUUGUCAGAUUCAUUUAUGUAAGGAUGCAUUUACCUGGAGGAGAUGUUGGAGGACAGGAUUGACAGGAUUGUGUGGACUUGAUACAGACCAUGUGACCUGACUCUUUCCAAUACAACUGUAAAUAAGCUGAUUAAAGAGCUGUAAAUGUAGUCCUUUGUCCUUUCUCCAAACUAAAACAAAUUCUAACUAGAGAGGACAUGUCCUUUUCUUCUGUUUCUGCAGACCGCUGUCCACAAUGAGUCCCUUCCUGUUACACGCGGCCACAGACAGCGACGCAGACGUGGCGUCCGGUGACAGUGUGAGUCUGGCUCGAACUAUAAGUAAGGACAGCCUCGCAUCUAAUGUGGUCUCUGUCACACCCAAACACCAGACUCCGGUCCAGCAGCCUCAGCAGGCCGCUGCGCGCAGAGUCAACGGCCACAGUCUCUUAGGGAAUGUCAACCUUGAGGAUGAGGAGGAAACUCUGAUGGCAGUUGCCAGGACUGUGAGUCCUGUCCCCUCCAGACGGGUUGAUGGGACACAAGCAGCUGCUCCUGCGGGACCCAAACCCCUUGCAGAGUCCAAACCUGCUACAGAUAGCUUUUACUUAGAACCACUGAUGCCUGCCGUGAUCAAGACGGCCAAGGAGAAGUCUGUAUGCCUGAACAAGGAGGAGGAGAGUGGUGAGGGUCCUCGCUCUUCAGGGAGGGGCUCGUUACGCAGAGGGGACGGAUCUACAUCUGCUGUUCGUAGGAAAGCUCCCUGUAACCCGAACCAAACCUUUCCCCCUCCAGGGGAGGAGGAGGAUCUGUUGGGGGAGCCUCCACAGGGUCAGGACAGUUUCAGACCCACUGUUACCAGCAGUGUGGACCCCUCAGCCGGAGAGCCUGGAGGGGGUUUCUACCUGCAUUCAGACUCUGAAGAACCAAAGGGGGCCCCGAGCCUGGACGCUGACCUGGAAGACUUGGAUGAAGAGGAAGAGGACCUAGAUGAAGCUGUAACCACUAAAGACCCAAACUGGCACAGGAAGACCUUCAACGAGGAUGAAGAGGAAGAAUCAGCCAAACUCCAAGAGGACAUGAAUGUCAAAGAGCACGAGGACAAAGACUUUAACGGGGGCAGUGGGCGCUCAAGCCCCUGUCUCAGUGGACACUCUCAGGCCAGCAGCAUGGCCAGCGGGAGUGUUCGGAUGACCUCCUUCGCUGAGCGUAAAGCCCAGCAGCAACGUUUCGGCAGCAACCAUGACCUGCGCUCCAGUGCCUCCAGCUCCCAGAGGACCACUCCUGAUGGAUCAGAGAGCAGCGGACCCCUGGCAUCCUCCUGGAGGCUCAAGAGAGACCAGAGCCCCUCCUCACCUUUGGGAGGAUUCGCUCGAACUGGCGAUGGUAUGGGUGGUGCAAAUGUUCUUGCUUCCGAGCUCGUUCAGCUCCGGAUGCAGCUGGAGGAGAAGCGACGUGCCAUCGAGCACCAGAAGAAGAAGAUGGAGGUGCUGUCGGCGAGGCAGAGGCAGAAGCUGGGAAAGGCGGCUUUCCUGCACAUCGUAAAGAAAGGUGGAGGCAGGAGUGACACGUUACCCAACCCACUCAAAGCAGACAUCUCUAAGGAUGAGCUUGGCGGGGAAAAAGGGCCGUCAAGUAAAGAUGAUAUGUGUGUGGAAUCCCUGAAGGGGGACAAAGGGGUGGAGGGAACCUCCCUACCAGGUGCCUUAGAAGCAGACAAGAAGGGGAACAACGGGAGCUUCUAUCUAGAAGAAGAGCUGGACCUGAACGAGUGCAGCCGCUCCAUCGAGCUGCUGAAUGAAGCUAUCGGCAGCAUCCAGCAGCAGAUGAUGCAGCUCUCUGUGCAGCAGGAGAUGUUGAUGAAACAGAAUGUACAGUCCCCGCCUGGAGCAGCUCCACCUCCUCUGACCAGCGACAAAAACACUGACUCCAAAGCUGGAGGGAGCUACCACUAUGUGGAGCAUGUUUCCAGUACAGGCACUGCCCCCACCAGGAAACCCCCCAAGCUGAGCUCAGGCCGGAGCUCCAGGUCCAAACCCUCAGAGCUUAAAAUAGCCAAGGAGCAGAGCAGGCAGGCCUCCAGGACCCUCACCCCCACCCAGAGUGGGUCAGAGACUCUGCCACACCCAAGGCAGUUAGCUGGGGGCAGGUCCCCCAGGACAGAGCAUCCUGACAGCCCCAGAAACCCCACAGCAGCAGCAGCAGCAGCAGAGACAAUCGACAGGCCGGGCUCUGGCCACGUCCGGAGCGCCACCUACCGGCUCCGUGACGAGGCUAACAUGCGCCUGCCCACCCGAGUGGACCUGACCGCGUUAGCCGCCCAAGAAGUGUCCUUUGACGAGUGCCUGUCCAGCAACCAGAGGGAGUCUGAGCUCAACUCUUCAGACGGUUCAGGGAAAGAGAAUAUACCAGCAGAGGAGGCGCAGCGCAGCAAAACCCACCUGAUCGAGGUCGACCUCUCUGAUCUGAAAGCUCCAGAGGGAGAGGAGUCUGUGGAGGACAGGACCACAGAGGGAGAGGACGGAGAGCAGAAGUCAGUCAUGGGCUUCUUCUUCAAGGUGAGGCCUUUUCAUGAAAACAGGAACAUAGUUACAUCUGUUCAGUGUUCAGUGUUUCAGAUUUAUAUGGGCGUCUUAAACAUCAUCAGUUUUCAGUCAUAACGAUAAACAAUCAUCAGGAAUCUUAUCAGAACCAUGUGGCCCCUGAAAUAAGGUUUUCUUUGUCUUUUAAAAUCAGUCAACAGAUGAUGUUUUUGAUAUUGUAGGAUGAGCAGAAGGCAGAGGAUGAGCUCGCGAAGAAGAGAGCAGCCUUCUUACUGAAGCAGCAGAAGAAAGCUGAAGAGGCCCGCGUCCGUAAACAACAACUUGAAGCAGAAUCGGAGCUCAAAAGAGACGAGGCCAGGUAGCUUUUUUUCACUAACAUCAUCAUCAUCAUCAUCAUAUUCAUGUUUUUCUCCAGGGACACUUACACUUCUGCUCGGUUUCUUGUAGACGGAAGGCAGAGGAGGACCGCCUGCGUAAAGAGGAGGAGAAGACACGGCGGGAGCUGAUAAAACAGGAGUAUCUGCGCAGGAAGCAGCAGGAGAUGUUCGAGGAACAAGGCCUGGUGAAGCCCAAAACCCCAAAACCGAAGCAGAAGCACAGACCCAAAUCUGUCUUCAGAGAGGAGUCCUCCAGCGAUAAUUUCUCCAAGUGCUCCUCCACACGUAAGAGUUUUAUUCCUCUUCAUGUCUCGACAUGGUGAGCCUCAGUGGUUCUUGCUUGCUGAGCUGUGGGGUACAUUGGCUGACUGCCAGUUAUUUCCUGUUUUACUCCAUGGUUGUAUAUCCCCUGGCCAUGAAUACUCACAUCCUGCAUUAAUGAUUAUUCCUAACUCUUCUUGUAAAACCACUGUUAAGAUUAAAGCUCUGAUUAAUCACAUGAUGUAGAGCAUAAUGAGACAUGGUUCAGUAUGUCAGGUGAAGCUUUCAGGUGUUAGGUCAGGAAGUGAAUUUUUUCAUGCUUAAAACUUUUCUUUCACAGUAAACUGUGUUCUUGAUCCUCCUUGUCUUAACUCUGGGGUUUGUUUUAAGCACUUUUUCAGGAGUUCAACUCAAAAUGAUUGAAAAUGUCCUCCCUGUUUUACACAGCCGACAACCUGAGCAACGCCCAGUCAGGCUCCAGUCUGUCCCUGGCCUCAGCAGCGACCAACGAGGCCGACAGCGUCAACUCUGGAGGGGCUGGAUCCCAGCGGUUGGUUUCUCACACUUUAAUUUAGCCAAAGGAUAUUUUCUGCAUUGAAGCGCUAUGAGAAAACCUUCAUAUGUUGACCCUCUUCUUCCUCUCUCUGUGAUAUCUAGCUGUGACUCUGUGGAGUCGUUUCCAGGCAGCCGUAACAACAGUCGGACUGCAGAGAGAGACUGGGACAACGGCUCCACUGCCUCCUCCAUCACCUCCAUGGCUGAAUACACUGGUGAGCGCUCGGAUUCUACUUCUCCAAGUUAUCAUCAGCCAUGUGCUUGUCGUUUUUUUCAAGUCUACGUAUUUUUCUACACGGUGACAGAGUUUCUCUCUUGUUUAGUGUUGUGUAAUUCUUCCAUGUUUUUUCUGUCUUUUUCUCCAUUUAGGUCCCAAACUGUUCAAGGAGCCCAGCGCCAAGUCAAAUAAGCCAAUCAUCCACAACGCAAUCUCUCACUGCUGUCUGGCUGGAAAAGUCAACGAGCCACAGAAGAACCAGAUCCUGGAGGUCAGUUAUCUGACGUGGACUUCUGUAUUAUCAGCUCAGACUUUGUAAUUCUUCUGUAAACAGUAGAUGACUUCAGACAUUUCUCUUUGGGGAUCAAUCAACUUCUUCUUCUUCUUCUUGUUCUUGUUCUUGUUCUUGUUCUUGUUCUUCUUCUUGUUCUUGUUCUUCUUCUUGUACUUCUUCUUCUUCUUCUUCUAUGUAAUUUGCGGUAGUUUUCUGUAAACCUGCAGUAACCGAUCAAUUCAGUAUUCUGGGGUUACACCUUAAACUUAAACAUGAGCAGCACAGGUUUGCAAGAAGCCGUCUGUUUUCUUUGGGGUACAAGAGGGAAAAGGUUUGAACAACAUGCAUGAAGUCUUCUGUUUUGUCCAGCAAUGUGCAGACUUCACGCUCUUUCAGGUACCAUCUGUUAUCUCCGCCCUGCCAGCUACACGUACAACAGCUGGACGCAGACUCCAGACCGGUUUACAGAGACUCGUGCACCUCCACUCUGCUGGUCACAAAGAGUUAUAGCAUGACGAGGGAGGCAACAGAAAAAAACAAAAACAGGAGAAUAAAAACUGAGUUCAGAUAUGAUGAGGAAAAGAGAAAAGGGGAUUCAUGUGGGUUCACAACAGGACAACUCAGAGAACUGUGGGAGUGUUUUUUCCUCUUAUUUCUGCAAAUUCAAGCAUCUGUCUGUUUGAAUAGGAUAAAAUACUACUUUACUUUAGCCCUUCAAGAAUAUCUCCAUGAUUGGGAGGCUGUUGUUUUAUUUUUAGAAACUCCCUUUGCUCUGCUCUGGUGAAAUGACCGGUCGCUCCUCGUCUUAAAUUGAGGAAUCUUUUUCUCCACAGAGGUGAUUUACUUCAGAGUGUUCCUCUGUUUUCUUUUAAAUGAACAACAAUCACCCCAAGAAGGAAGUGGGGCUGUUUAAACUGGUCUGCCUCGCUUUGUAUCCAGUAUGCUUUGCACAGUGAAGUGCCAUCUGCUGGUUAAAUAUGAUAACACAAUAAAAUACCCGUCUGGUAUUUUCCUCUAGUCUGGAACAGCUUUGCAACUUGUCAGUGUCAUAUUUGUGUCGCGUUAAUAAACCGUCCCCGCUUGUGUUUAUCCUCUGUCUCCCUCUAGGAGUUGGAGAAAUGCGAGUCUAACCACCUGAUGAUCCUGUUUCGUGAUGGCGGCUGCCAGUUCCGAGCGCUCUACUCGUACUUCCCCGACACAGAGGAGAUCCAGAAGCUGACGGGCACGGGACCCAAGAGCAUCAGCAAGAAGAUGAUCGAUAAGCUGUACAAGUACAGCUCGGACCGGAAGCAGUUCACCGUCAUCCCUGCCAAGACUGUGUCGGUCAGCGUGGACGCUCUGACCAUCCACAACCACCUGUGGCAGGCCAAGAGAAGUGCUGUGCCAAAGAAAAGCGGGAAGUAA